AUGCCUCACGGGGAGCCUAUCACGGACGACCGCGUCAUCCAUCACAGCGCAGCAGAUGAAGUCAACAAGGCGGUGGCGAAAAUGCAAUCUGGAGGAGAGAACAAGUAUGCCGUCAUUAUCGACGCCGGAAGCACUGGGAGCCGGAUCCACGUGUACCAGUUCAACCCCAAUCUCGAACUGAUGGAGAUCGGCGAUGACUUGGAGUUGUUUGUUGCGCUCAAGCCAGGUCUGAGCUCGUUCCGCGAAAACGCCAAAGGAGCGGCGGACUCGCUCCGUCCGCUUAUCGACAAGGCGCUCACCGUCGUCCCUGAGGAAGUCCGCUCCACCACGCCCAUCCGCGUCGGAGCAACGGCUGGUCUGCGCCUUCUCCCUGGUGACCUCGCUGACAACAUUCUCCAAGCCGUCCGGGAGAUGCUCAAGGAGUACCCCUUCACCUUCGCUGCCGAUUCCGUCAAGAUCCUUGAUGGCGCCGACGAGGGUUCCUUCGCGUGGGUAACUGUGAACUACCUCCUGGGCAAUCUCGGCAAGGACAUCAGCCACACAGUGGGGGUGGUGGAUCUGGGCGGCGGGUCCGUGCAGAUGACGUACGCGGUGCCUGAUGACGUGGCAGCGAAGGCGCCCGAGGGUUACGUUCGGAGGCUGAGCGGAAUGGGCAAGACGUACGGGGUUUACGUGCACAGCUACCUGGGCUUCGGACUGAUGGCAGCGCGCGCUCAGGUGCUCAAGGCGAAGCCACCAGGCAGCGAGGGACAUGCAUGCUUACCCAAGGGCACUGACGACAAGUACGUGUAUGGCACAGAGGAGGUCCAGGCACAUGCGCUGCCGACGGGAGGGAGUGCAGCGGAGUGUGCACUGAUCGCAGCAAAGGCGUUGGAACUGGGAGGGGCCCUUGCUGGCGACCCUGCUCCGUCGUGCUCCUUCGAGGAGUGCACAUUUGGAGGGGUGUGGAGUGGUGGUCGGGGUCAGGGCGCGUCGAAGCUCUUCAUUGCGUCGUACUUCUUUGACCGGGCUGGCCAGCUUGGCGUUAUUCCCGACCCCAAGGCGUCAUCAGCUCCUGUCAAGGCAAAGGACUUCGCAGCGGUAGCUGAGGCUGCCUGUGCUACACCCUUGGAGGAAGUCACAAAGAAGUUUCCUGCGGUGGAGGGCAAGGACGCUCCAUACAUGUGCCUGGACGUGGUGUACCAGCACAAGCUGCUCACCCAUGGCUUCAGAAUUGAUGAUGCAGCAGAACUUACGCUGGUGAAGCAGGUCACGUACAAAGGCAAGGAUGUCGAGGCAGCUUGGCCACUUGGUGCUGCCAUUGAUGCUAUUUCGUCUUAG